AUGGUUAGUAAUAAUUGCAGAAUUUGUGCAAAACAGCAAGAGGCCAGAAAGGAACCACUUAUGCCAACUCCUAUGCCAGAAYGCCCCUGGCAAGUCAUAGCUACUGACUUAUUUCAGCUACAAAGUGACAUUUACCUACUCAUMAUAGACUAUUUCUCAAGAUAUGUUGAAGUGGCAAAGGUAACCCAGUCACAGACAUCACAGGAAAUCAUAAAGAAGUUAAAGGAAGUCUUCGCAAGACAUGGURUWCCUGAGCAGAUAAGAUCUGACAAUGGACCRCAGUACUCUUCAGCAGAGUUUGCUCAAUUUGUAAAGGAGUGGGGAAUCAAACACACCACUAGCAGUCCAAAGUUCCCCAGUUCCAAUGGCGAAGUUGAGAGAGGUGUUAGAACCGUAAAGAAUCUGUUAAAGAAAGGUGAGGACCACUGGAAAGCACUCUUAUCAUACAGAUCCACCCCAUUAGCCUGCGGACAUUCCCCAGCGGAGCUGUUGAUGGGCAGGAAGCUAAGAACAACAUUGCCAAUGUUGCCAUCUGCCUUGACACCAAAGUGGCCAAACAUGGAAGUUCUCCAAAAGAUGGAAGCUGAGAGCAGAGAGAAAAUGAGAAAAAACUACAACGAGAAACAUGCAACACAUCAGCAAGUUGCACUUCAGCCUGAAGAGAAGGUAUUCAUAAAAGACAUGGGAGUGGAAGGCAAUGUUAAAGAGUCAGCACAAACUCCAAGAUCCUACCAUGUACAGACACCUAAAGGCCUAAUUAGAAGAAACCGCUCACAUCUAGUGAAGUUGCCUGAAGCAGACAAGGAGGACAACUCACCACAGCCGGAUCGAGACCUGCAAGUGAAACUACCCCCAUCACCUUGCCUGGACUUAAGACCGAAGAGAAUCAUAAAGCCAUCACUAAAAUUAAGAGAAAGCUUGGGACUCACUCAAAUAUAUGUUACAAUUUAUGUUUGUUUGUAG